CCACCGCGUAAGUUUUAAUUAUGGCGGCGUGUCUACUGCUUAGUUCUCUGCUUGUGGUUUUGGCUUUAAUCGGCAGUAGCAAUGCGGCUCCCAAUGGGCGUAUUGUCGGUGGUGUCGAUGCCGAUAUUGGACAAUUCCCACACCAGGUCUCACUACAACGUGAAGACGGUUCACACACCUGUGGCGCUUCGAUCAUUAGCGAAAACUAUCUUCUGACAGCGGCACAUUGUGUUGUCGUUGGAAAUGGCAUUGAACCCUAUCCUGCUAAAUACUUCCAAGUACGUGUGGGCAGUAUUCAACGCACAGUCGGUGGACAACUGUUGAAGUUGAAACGCAUCCUCGUCAAUAAAGCUUAUGGAAAUUUCCUUAACGAUGUAGCACUCUUAGAAUUGGAGAAACCAUUGGUCUUCACCGCAAACAUACAAGCCAUUGAAUUGGCUGAAGAAGAGGUACCAACGGGAGAAGAUGUUAUAAUCUCAGGUUGGGGACGCCUAUACACCAACGGUCCGAUCCCAUAUAGGAUGCAGUGGAACACUUUAAAAGCGUUGACUGUGGAUGAGUGUGAAGAGGCGAUUGGCAUGGGAGACGACAGCUUGAUCUGUUUGGCUCAUCAAGCUAACAAUGGCGCUUGCAAUGGUGACUCUGGUGGUCCAGCUACAUAUAAGGGUAAACUGGUGGGUGUGGCCGGUUUUGUAGUGAAUGGCUGUGGUAGCACUUAUCCAGAUGGUUAUGCUAAGGUGGCUUAUCAUCGCGAAUGGAUUCGUGAAAAUACUGGCGUUUAAAUUAAAAAUUAGAAAAAGUUUAAAAUAAAAAAGCUAAAUUUCCUGGAAAUUGACCACCAGUUAUGAUGUAACAUAUCUGAGAGACAAAUAAAAUCAUAAGCUUCUAAUACUACGAAAAUAAUAUUAAAACACCUCCAUACCUCCAUACAUAUAUCUAUAUAGAAAGCUCUUCAAAUACAACCCUUAUUUAUAUUCAACUGAAAUGAGUGCAGGCAUAGUACUUCCCAUCUCAAGUAGUAUGUCCCUCAUCUAUUGAAAGCUUUUACAAACAUCAUUUCGACUUUUAUGAAAUUUCAUU